CCAUUUGAAAAAGAAAAACGGACUAAGGCGUGAUGCUACGGCUAUAUUCUCGCGCGUAUCGUAGAACCUUGAGCUCAAUCAACCAUCCACCUCCUCCCAGCCUCAACCUGCAAACCAUUCUCGGCCAAGUAGGAGCCCUCGCCACGCGCGGCCAACUCAACGAGGCACUCACACUCUUCUACACUCUCCAACCGCCACCCUCUCUCAUCCGCUGCAACCAAACCUACGCCACUCUCUUCCACGCAUGUGCUCGCCACAACUCUCUCCGACAAGGCCUCUCUCUUCACCACUACAUGCUUGCCCACAACCCGACCACCCCUCCCGACCUCUUCGUCUCCAACCACCUCAUCAACAUUUACUCCAAAUUCGGCUGCUUAGACCACGCCCGCCACCUGUUCGAUGAAAUGCCUACAAGAAACCUCGUCACCUGGACCGCUCUCAUUUCCGGCUUCGCACAGCGUGGCCUUGCUGACAAUUGUUUUCGUUUAUUCGCUGCCAUGUUGCCGCAUCACCUCCCGAACGAGUUCACAUUUGCCAGCGUGCUCAGUUCGUGCGCCGCCGCCGAAACUGUUCGUGGGCGGCAGGUGCACGCCCUCGCGUUGAAAAUGUCUUUAGAUGCUUGUACUUACGUUGCCAAUGCUCUCAUUACCAUGUACUGCAAGGGAGGUGUGUGUGAUGUUAGUCGAGACGAUGAUGCAUGGAAGGUAUUUACAACCAUGGAAUCGCGGAAUCUUAUAUCCUGGAAUUCCAUGAUUGCAGGGUUUCAGUGUCUUUGGAUGGUGUGGAGCCUUCUAAAGCUCCUCCAUAUCUCCAAGCGGCCAAGUCUCGGCUCGGACAAGCUACCCCGUACGAGAUGGCAGUUUUCGAUUCUGUCAAUUGUUUGAUUUUUGACGAUAGAGAUGAUGAUGUUGCCUUUGAGUUGCAUUUUAAGGACUCCGGUA